AUGCUCGAAGAUGUAUCCUUACCAUCCCAAAAAUCUUUGAAUUUCCGGAACAACUUGGCACACCUUGUUUCUCCUCUCAGACGUGUCCGACCCCGAGUCCCAUUUUUUCGUCUAGCGGCUCACCGUAUACCGACAUUAUGGGGACUAUUUAGAGGCCUUUUACGGGCGGCCCCCACAGAACAUAUAUACCACCGUGUUCGUGUACUGUUCGAGCAGAAUCGUCAUCGUACGGGGACAGAGAGGACAAUUCAAGAGCUGCGAAAAGGAUACAAGUGGCUUGAAACUUUCAAGCGUGCUCAAGCCGGAGACGUCAAAACCCAGGCUGUUCUUCAGCGUUAUGAUCGGUUUCUACAAUUCAAAGCGGAAAAGGAACAUUGGACGGAGCUUGUUCUGAAGGAAGUAGAAUGGCAAGAGCAUCUCAAAAAUCGACCGAUAUUCACUGGAGGCUUUGUACAUCCCACGGCGUUCCAUCCACCAUUUCCGCGUAUGAAGCCUCAGCCGAUGGCUAUUAGCCGUAUUAUCGCCAACAGGAUGAAACAACGGGAAAGACGAUUUUCGAAGAUGGAAGAACUAACUCGAAUGAGGGAUAUGGUUCGCAAAGAACAGCAUCUGGAGCAAGAGAUCAUGCGUGAAGCGAGAAGAACUGGGGAAAAGUUCGAGCCUGUGUUUGAAGGAGAGGAUUGGAGUACCCCGCUUACGCAAGCCGCUAACGACAUAUAUGCAAACGUCAAGGCGACUGCUGAGCGCAACCUACGUCCGUUUUCUCCUGAACUUAUUGAACAAGUACGCGCUGCUCGUCAAAAUAAAAUAGCGAAUAAGACGAGGGAACGGGAACGGGAACGCCGGGGUGAAAUUCUUCGUGUAACACGAAAACGUUGGAGGAAAGGGCUGACUCCUCAUCUGCUAAGUACCCUGUCGGAAAAACAGAAGAGGGAAGAGCUUAUUGUCCAACGUAGCAUUGCUGAGGUGGGGUAUGUGGGUCUACUGAAAAAACGUAAGGGGUGGAAAUUGAAAGAGCCAAAACCGAAAGUUGAAGGGAAGUAUUGGAGUGUAGAGGAUGCGGAGUGGAUUGGGAAGGAAGAACGGGAAGCUGCGAAAAAGGCUCUGCUUGCAAUUCAAGAGGAGAAUGAAAGACGAAGGGAGUCUAGUGUAGGCGAUUAA